CUGUCCUCAGGAGCAGGAAAGCCAUGGCUGUCCCCAGAGGGAGCCCUUCGGCCUGCCUUCUGUGGAUGCUACUGCUGUGGGGAGGUGAUGGUGGCUGUCAGGCCCAGCGUGCAGGCUGCAAAAGUGUGCAGUAUGACCUGGUCUUCCUCUUGGAUACCUCUUCCAGUGUGGGCAAGGAGGACUUUGAGAAGGUCCGCCAGUGGGUGGCCAACCUGGUAGACACCUUUGAGGUGGGCCCUGAUCACACCCGUGUGGGGGUCGUGCGCUACAGUGACCGGCCCACUACAGCCUUUGAACUGGGCCACUUCCGCUCCCGUGAGGAAGUGAAGGCGGCCGCUCGGCGCAUAACCUACUAUGGGGGCAACACGAACACAGGUGACGCGCUGCGUUACAUCACCAGCCGCAGCUUCUCUGCCCAGGCAGGCGGCCGACCUGGGAACCGUGCCUUCAAGCAGGUGGCCAUCCUAUUGACGGAUGGCCGUAGCCAGGACCUGGUGCUGGAUGCUGCAGCUGCUGCCCAUGCAGCGGGCAUUCGCAUUUUUGCAGUUGGUGUGGGCGCGGCCCUGAAGGAGGAGCUGGAUGAGAUUGCUUCAGAACCCAAGUCUGCGCAUGUCUUCCACGUUUCCGACUUCAACGCCAUCGACAAGAUUCGUGGCAAGCUGAGGCGUCGGCUUUGCGAAAACGUCCUCUGCCCCAGUGUUCGGGUAGAAGGAGACCGCUUUAAACACACCAAUGGAGGAAGCAAGGAAAUCACAGGUUUCGAUCUGAUGGAUUUGUUCAGCGUGAAAGAAAUCUUGGGGAAGAGAGAAAACGGAGCCCAGAGUUCCUAUGUGCGGAUGGGCUCCUUCCCCGUGGUGCAGAGGACUGAGGAUAUUUUCCCCCAAGGUCUGCCUGAUGAGUAUGCCUUUGUCACAACCUUCCGGUUCCGGAAAACAUCUCGGAAAGAAGACUGGUACAUCUGGCAGGUCAUUGACCAGUAUGGCAUCCCACAGGUCUCUAUCCGACUGGAUGGUGAGAACAAGGCGGUUGAGUACAAUGCUGUGGCUGGACCCCAGGGAGAGAAGGGAGAUGUGGGGCCGGCAGGACCCCCUGGCAUGCCAGGCUCUGUGGUGCACAGAGAGGGCCUGAAGGGAGAGCAGGGAGCCCCUGGACCAAGAGGUCACCAAGGCCCACCUGGACCUUCAGGAGCACCGGGUUCGAUUGGUCCAGAAGGCAGAGAGGGACCCCCUGGGCCUCCAGGUCUCCGAGGGAAGAAAGGAGAAGUGGGUCCACCAGGAACCCCUGGAGCACUGGGGCCACAGGGCCCGCCUGGAGCACCCGGUGUUCAAGGGCCCUCUGGACCUGGAGGCCCUCCGGGUUUACCUGGAGAACUGGGCUUCCCUGGAAAACCUGGGCCCCCUGGUCACAUGGGGCCACCUGGAAAGGAUGGGCUGGAUGGACCACCAGGCCUGCCUGGCUCCAAGGGAGAACCAGGGGACCCUGGGGACCGUGGUGCACCUGGAAUGCCCGGACCUCGGGGAGAAGUUGGGGAGCAAGGCCUUGCAGGUCAUCCAGGCAAGAAGGGGGAAGUUGGCCUUCCCGGUGCUCCAGGCCUCCCAGGACUGCGUGGAGAGAAAGGAGACCAGGGAGAAAAGGGUGAACUGGGACUUCCUGGGCUAAAAGGUGCCCAAGGUGAAAAGGGUGAGGCUGGUCCAGCAGGUCCCCCUGGCUUACCUGGAAGUCCAUCAGUGUUCACACCGCACCCUAGAAUGCCAGGAGAGCAAGGGCCGAAAGGAGAAAAGGGUGACCCUGGUAACCCUGGCACCAUGGGACCACAGGGUCGUCCAGGAGAACUGGGCCCUCGGGGACCCACUGGACCUCCGGGAGCCAAGGGACAUGACGGUGCACAUGGGGCUCCUGGAGCAGCUGGAAGCCCUGGUGCUCCAGGACCUGCAGGACCCCCUGGUGUCAGUGGUCCCCCAGGAAGUUUGGGUCCCCCUGGCCUCAGAGGCACCCCUGGGAAAGACGGGGCGCGUGGGGAGAAGGGAGCAACAGGGGAGGAAGGCAGCCCGGGGCCAGCUGGUCCACGGGGUGAUCCUGGUGCUCCUGGCCUCCCUGGGUCACCUGGAAAAGGGAAGGACGGGGAGCCGGGACUUCGUGGACCACCUGGGUUACCUGGCCCCUUAGGAACCAAGGGUGACCGAGGAACACCUGGGAUCCCUGGCUCUCCCGGCAGCCGUGGCGACCCAGGCAUUGGGGUUGCUGGUCCACCUGGCCCUUCAGGACGACCAGGAGACAAAGGACCCCCGGGAUCUCGAGGUUUGCCAGGAUUCCCCGGCCCCCAGGGACCAGCUGGCCAGGAUGGUGCACCAGGAAAUCCAGGAGAAAGAGGGCCUCCUGGAAAACCAGGCCCUUCUUCACUGCUGUCUCCAGAGGACAUAAAUCUGUUAGUCAAGGACGUGUGCCACGACUGUCCUCCUGGUCCCCCAGGCCUCCCAGGUCUUCCAGGUUUCAAAGGGGACAAAGGUCUCCCAGGAAAGCCAGGGAGAGAAGGGACAGAAGGCAAAAAGGGAGAUACUGGGCCUCAAGGCCUCCCAGGGCCUCCAGGAGUAGCUGGACCACAGGGAAACCAAGGAGAACGUGGUGCAGAGGGUGAGGUGGGACAGAAAGGUGAUCAGGGUCACCCUGGAGUUCCAGGCUUCAUGGGCCCACCAGGGAAUCCUGGGCCACCAGGAACUGAUGGAAAUGCAGGCCCUGCAGGCCCACCAGGACUUCAAGGGGCCCCGGGCAAAGAAGGCCCUCCUGGUCCCCAAGGCCCAUCGGGCAUUCCAGGAAUCCCAGGAGAAGAAGGCAAACAGGGCAGAGAUGGAAAGCCAGGUCCCCCUGGAGAACCGGGCAAGGCAGGAGAGCCAGGUCUGGCAGGAGCAGAGGGAGCCAGAGGUCCGCAGGGCUUCAAGGGACACACAGGUGAUCCUGGCCCACCUGGUCUGCGGGGAGAACCUGGGACUGUUGGCCCCCCUGGAAGGGAAGGAUCACCAGGAAAAGAUGGUGACACUGGACCUGCAGGACCACAGGGUCCCAGAGGACCAAGGGGCCCACCGGGUAACAGCGGAUCACCUGGAGCCCCCGGAGACCCUGGCCGUCCAGGAGCCCCAGGCCAGAAGGGAAACAAAGGAGAAAAUGGCAGCCCAGGACUUCCAGGUUUUCUGGGUCCCCGUGGGCCUCCGGGAGAAGCAGGAGAGAUAGGCGCUCCAGGCAAAGAGGGUGCUCCUGGGAAGCCUGGAGAGCCAGGAACCAAAGGCGAGAAGGGGGACCCUGGAACCAAAGGUGACAAAGGAUUACCAGGAGGGAAGGGCCAGCCUGGAGACCCUGGAAUCCCAGGCCACAAGGGUCAUACUGGCCUGAUGGGUCCCCAAGGACAACCAGGAGAGAGUGGCCCCUGGCCCCCAGGGCCCCCCGGCCAGCCAGGAUUUCCAGGACUGCGGGGCGAGUCUCCAUCCAUUGACACCCUGCGGCGCCUGAUUCAGGAAGAGCUUGGAAAGCAGCUAGAAGCCAAACUUGCGUACCUCCUGGCCCAGAUGCCUCCUGCACACAUGAAAUCCUCUCAAGGCAGACCUGGUCCCCCAGGACCUCCGGGAAAAGAUGGGCUCCCAGGCCGGGCAGGCCCCAUAGGUGAACCAGGCCGACCUGGCCAGGGUGGUCUAGAAGGACCCUCCGGACCAAUGGGCCCCAAAGGUGAAAGAGGAGUCAAAGGUGACCCUGGAACACCUGGAGUUGGCCUCCGAGGAGAAAUGGGUCCCCCUGGAAUACCAGGUCAACCUGGGGAACCUGGCUAUGCAAAAGAUGGACUCCCAGGAAGCCCUGGUCCUCAAGGAGAGACAGGACCAGCUGGACAUCCUGGCCCCCCAGGCCCUCCUGGCCCUCCUGGCCAGUGUGACCCCUCCCAGUGUGCAUACUUCGCCAGCCUUGCUGCCAGACCAAGUAAUGUGAAGGGCCCAUAGAAGAUUCUAGAACAUCAAAACACUACUAUGGAUUUCUGAAACUUGAACUCAGAGCUCAGUGGGAAGCCAGAGCCUUGAAAUAUUUCAGAUCCUUUUUUUCUCUACUCACCCUUUCUCCGUCUUUUUUUUUCCUGUUCCCCUCCCUCCUACUCUUGCCUCCUUGCCUGCCUACCCUCAAUUCCCUCUUCCCUUCCUGAGAGACCUCACAGUUAUUAAAAACCAACAGAUGCUGUCAAUUAUAUUAUUAUUAAUAUUAUUAUUGUUUGUUAUUUCAAAAUGUUAAUGCUUCUGGGGGAGCUUCCUUGUGGACAGGAAGUGGUUUCCUGGCUCAACUCCCCUGCCAGCACCAACUGAAGAGUGGCAGCCAAUUCUGAGGAACCCGCGGUGCUAUGCAACCCUGACCACACCCUUGCUGAAUUUACCUCUUUCCUGGAAAGGAAACUAAGGGAUGGAACCCAUGAGCUUCUUUUCUCAGCUGCACGUAGAGAUGACCCAGGGAAAAAUAAGUUGGGAAUCCCCACCUCCCAGGAGAAAUGAGAAGCAGAAUGAGAAAGAGUUUGCAGCCUGGAAGAAAGCAUUGACCUCUGGACACAAGGUGCACACCUGGAGUUCAGAACUACCCUGGGCAUGGGCUUCCUUGGUGCUUCAAGCUACCGGAACCAAAAGGAGUCA